AUGAAGGAAAUUGAAAAUUAUAAAAAAGAACAUUUGAAUUCACAAAAUGGUCAGUCGUCUACUCUCAAAUUAUCUGAAAUCUUAUCACAACGUCAUUUGGAUUCAGUAUGUACACAUUUGGUUAAUGAAGCUGUACUUCGUAUGUCUGGUGACAAUGUAACCUGUAUCUUAUUAGUUUUUCCAACGAUAUUUAUUGAAAAAAAUUCCCUCAAUAAUGAUGAUCAUCAUUCUAAAAUUUCAUCUGUCUCUAAUAAUGAUAAGGAUAAUGACGAUGAUGGCGACGACGAUGAUGAUGAUGAUAAGACUUCAGAACCAAGUUCAAAAUUACCGCGUAUUGAAAAGUGA